GGAAGCGGCGUUGCUGCGGGGCGCGCUGGCAGCGCGCUCGCCGAGUCUCCUUGGGGCCGUCCGUGUGUCCGCGGGCCGAGAUGGGCGGCGGCGGCAGCACCCGGCGCGUCACCUUCGAGGCGGACGAGAAUGAGAAUAUCACCGUGGUCAAGGGCGUGCGGUUGUCCGACAGCGUCAUCGAUCGGAUGAAGGAACCCAGUGGGAGACAGCACCGAGGAUCAGGUGCAGUUAAUGAUGAAGAGCUGAAGAAAAGAAUAGCUGAGGAACUGGCACUGGAACGAGCCAGGAGAGACUCUGAAGCUCAGAAGAGGAGGUUGAAACAAGAGCAGAUGUACGUUCGGGAUGAGUUUGGCAAACUCCUGGAACGGGAGAGGAUCUCCUCCAACGAGCACCUGACCCGAGCCAUCCUGCGGGAGAGAGCGGCCACCGAGGAGGAGCGGCAGAAGGCGCAGCGCUUUGAAAUGGAAACAAAGGCCAGGCAGCUGGAAGAGAAGGAGAGGGAGCUGAAGAAACAUGAUGCCUACUACAAAGAGCAGCUGGCUCGGCUGGAAGAAAGGAGUGCCCAGUUCUACAAAGUCACCACUGAGCAAUACCAAAAAGCUGCUGAUGAAGUCUCAUCUCGGUUCAAGAGAUAUGAGUCCCAUCCCAUCUGUGGGGAGCUGCAGGAUAAAAUCCUCCAGUGCUACCGGGACCAUGCCCAGGAGACCCUGAGCUGCUCUGCCCUGGCCAGCCAGUACCUGCACUGUGUCAAUCAUGCCAAACAGCAGAGAAUGCUUGGGAGAGGAGGAUAAAGGCAUUGUCCAAAUCAAGCACAAGACCAUCAACUAAUUUCAGCAGAAGAGCUUUUUUUUCUCCCCAAGAAGGAUCUGGCAGCCCAUUUGCAGGGCAGCCCAACAAAGAGAAGAAGUGGAAGAGCCAUUUGAAGGGCAGCAUCCUCAGUCCCAGACCUGGAUCCUGCUGCCCCGAGCUCGCCCGUCCGAGGCCGCUGCUCCUCCUUCUCAGAGCCCACUUAUGGUGAUUGAAGGAAGGGAAAGAAAAGAACCUUUCUCUGGCCUCAGAGAGGGAAAACAUCCUUCAAAUGCUGCUGUUUCACUGUAGAAUCCCCUCUGUCAGAGGCAGGGGGUGUAACCCUUGCAGCGCCGGGACGUGGCCGUUCCUUGGGAGCAGCCACUGGUCCCGGUGUCAGAGUAGAAUUGUGAAUUGUGCUUUAACUUAUUUCCCAAAUGACCUGGCUUGAUGAAGUCUCUCUCUGCAGGCCUUCUGCUGGAAUGAUGUUUGUGAUCCAACACUUAGGGUUCUCCAUGGCCUUUUCUUCUGUGGGAUGGUUCUGUUGUGCUCCUCGCUCCUAUCAAGUCCUGACGAGAAUGCCUCGCUCUGUACCAACAAUAAAUCUAUUUUAUGCACAAGA